AUGGCCUAUGUUGAGGAACAAAAAGUAUUGUUUGGUACUUACAUGUUGCAAGAGAAGGGUGAAGACUGGUGGGAUAAUGCACACCAGAUACCAAAGGUUGUUAGUACUAACAUUACUUGGGUUGUGUUCAUAACGCGUUUUCUUGAGAAGUAUUUUCCAGGGGACGUGCGUUGUAAGAAGGAUAUACAAUUCCUCAAGAUGAAGUUGGGGAAUAUGUCAGUUGUUGAGUAUGCUGCUAAGUUCGAAGAAGUGGUGAAGUUUUGUCCAUACUACAAUGUGAAUACAUGUAGGAUAUAUGAUGAGGAUAGUAGGGCUCGUUUUGCUCUCUAUAAGAGUCUUAGUGAGAAGAAAGGGAAGAAUCAAUAUCGUGGAAAGUUGCAUAGUGCUCCAGCUAACAAAGGGAAACAUAACACUUCAGAUCAGAAAAAGCUAAGUGGGGGAGAGACCCCCGCUUCUAUCAAGUAUUGCAAGAGUGAUGAGCCUACUUGUUAUAACUGUUGCGAACAUGGUCACAUUAGCACUCAUUGCCUGACACCGAAGAAAGUUCAGUAUGGACGGAGACUUUUUGCUUUGACGAGGUCAGAGACUACUAGCUCAGACAUACUGAUUAAAAGUAUGUGUUUUAUUAAUGUUGUUUCAUUGAUUGAUAUUAUUAACACGGGUGCAAGACAUUCUUUCAUUUCACUUGAUUGUGCUGAGAGGUUGGGUUUGAAAUUGUCUUAUAUGACGGGCAAUAUGGUUAUUGAGACCCUAACUCCGGGUCUAGUAACCACUUCGUGGGCUUGUUUGAAUUGUUCGUUGACUAUUUAUGGUAAGAGUUUUGGAUUAGACUUAGUCUGUCUACCGUUGAAUAAACUUGAUGUUGUACUUAGAAUGAACUGGUUGGAGUUCAACCAUGUUCAUAUCAACUAUUUCGACAAGUCAGUGUCAUUUCCAGGAUUUGAUGCAAGUGACGAAUUAUUUGUGUCUGUUAAGCAAGUGGACGAGUUUAUAAAGGAUGAUGCUGAGAUGUUUAUGAUAUUAGCUUAUAUGAAGGCCAAAAGUAAAGUUGUAAUUGAUGAGUGA